AGUCAUUCUGGCUCGAGCCAUUUGAUCGACACCCAUCUGCUUCACGCCAGAUCAUUUGUGCAAUUCCCAGUGGGCGUCUCACAUUCAGACGCGCAAUUUAUAGGCCUGCGAAGCGACGAUGGUGUUUCUGGACGCAGAGCAUCUCGUUGCCCCUUCUGCGGAGGAGGAAGCAAGUCCUUGCAAUGCAGAAGCCAGUUGCAGUAAACAAGGUCUUUCGAAACGCUCGAAAUAUGGUGCUCUCACAGUGGUGGCGCUGCUGCUGCUUGUCGGCCUAGUCCUCACAGCAACUGUCGUUCAACAGAAAGCGCCGCUCCAAUCAUCCACAGACUUCAUCGAAGAGGACAUGGACCAAGACAUGCUUGAUGCCGUCAACCAGGAGAGGACACAGCGAGGCCUGAGCGCUCUUUGCUACAAUUCGAAGCUCAUCAACGCGGCAUCGGCGCACACUGAAGACAUGGCGUACUAUGACCGAAUGAGUCACACGGGGAGCGAUGGGUCGGACCCUGGUCAGCGGAUUACUCGGGCGGGGUAUGGGUACAGCGCAUAUUGUGAAAAUGUUGCCUAUGGACAGCGUUCCGUCAGUUCCGUAAUGAAUAGUUGGAUGAACAGCGAGGGUCACAGGGCAAACAUUCUCAACUCCGGGAUUACCCACUUUGGCUACGCGAAGAACGACAAGUAUUGGACGCAGGUGUUUGCUUCCGGUAGUAGCGAGUCUUGCAGCCAGGGCUUUGGCGGGGGAGACACGUGUGCCUUUCCCACCACCUAUGGUGGCAAGACGAUGCCAGGGUGCACCACUGAAGGCCAUGAUGAUAAGGCAUGGUGCUACACCACAGCGGGACCAGGCAAGUGGAGAGAGUGCACUGCAGCUGAUAAUGCUUGUUCUUUCCCGUUCACGUACGAGGGUACAGAGUAUUGGCAUGGGUGUACUAAAGACGGCCAUCAUGCGGCAUGGUGCUACACCGCGAAAGGUUCGGGCGAUUACAAAGUGUGCAGUGCGGCUGACGAUGCUUGUGAGUUUCCUUUCACGUACAAGGAUAAGGAGUACCGGCAAUGCACAAACGUAGAUUACACCAAGGAUUGGUGUUACAAGGUUGGAGGUGGUUGGAUGGACUGCUUCUGAGAUGGAGACAUCAUGAGCCGUACGAAGCCUGCGCGUACGCACCCGACAUGCACAUGCGGCACACGUGUCUCCACUCUUUGGUGUUGCCCUUCGUGCCGCACAAACAGCCGGCCGGGCCGCAAUUUCCUCGGGCUGCGUCUGGCCUAUUUUGCCCUUCGUGCUGGCAUGCCAAGCGGGCCGCCGCAAGCUCCUCGGGCUGCGUCCGGCCUGGCCUGCCCAGCUGCAGCCGGUGGUAGUCCUGGGUUUUUCAGGUCUCGCGCGGGCUCCUUUGCGGGUGGGUGGCUUGGUUGAUCAGGAUACACCUGACACCAAUAGUCUUCAGAAGCGCCUCUGCAUUGCAAUCUGCUGACGGCGCGAGAGACGGAGAGGCUGGACGACAUCGGGACGGCUUGCGAGGGCUACGAUUUCGUCGGCCUGAUCGGCACACAGCGACGGUGCGACCUCCCCAUCCAAGAACAACGAGGGGGGGAGCGCUGAGUGGAUGGAAGCGAGCCAGCUUCAGCAAUAAGUCUGCAGGCGUGCUCUUGAGCUUCGGCAGCAAAUUCAAACCUCGGCACCUGAGACGGGUAGCGGCGGCACCUGAACAGUGCGCAAGGCGAGGCCUAGCAGCACGACUGACUUCAAGGCAGUUUGGCUUCACGCUGAUAGGCUUAUAUGCGCCGCCGAGACCGACCUGGUCAGAGACCAGAUCGGCAUAUGAGAAGUGCGUGGACACGCUGAUGGAUUGGCUGCAAGAGAUCCUCCAACAGACCCC